AUGGCUCAUGUCGAGACUGCUUUGAUCGACACGAGCAGUGGCUGCAUCGGCACUCGUGUAAAGCGUCUCACGGUUAAUCCAGCAACGGCUUGUUUCAAGCCGAAAGUGGAGCUUUCAUCGUUUUUGACGGCUUAUGGUGGCCUUAAAAACCCGCCCAAUGUGGGUGUGGCACGACUGCAAAGUUGCACGCCAUGGAAAUGGUCAUCUACAGCAUUUCCUGCCACCUCGAUACUCUGUUCGGAAAUCCUUGUGGCGUUUCGUGUGUACGUGAUAUGGAACAAGAGCCGGAAAGUGUUAUAUGGUAUACUCGCUGUAGCUACGGUAUGCAUUACCGUGUCCGUGGUAACUCAAAUUCUUGAUGUCUACUGGGACCCGUGGCCUCUUCGUAAGAUCCUUACCACAGCUUUCUCAACAGAGUAG